AUGGCCGACGAGUUCACUGAAGAGUACUUUGUGGCCCGCAUUGCGGAGCUCAAGGAACAGAUCACCGCAGCCCUUCCAACCUUGGAAUCCUCCCAGGCCUUCAUGGCACACGAUGAACAAGCAACAGCCGUUUGGGAUAGUUUUCAAGAGUAUUUAGGACUCAGGAAGAAGUGGGAAAAGACCCCCAAACAGCCCAAAGAUGAGAAGCAGAAAAUGAAUCAACUACAACACGAUGCCUUGCAGGCUUAUCUUAAACUGAAAGAGGACACCUGGCCGGACCGAAUGGACAAGGGUGAUGCCUUCUUUGAAGAAUUGGAGCCAACUCUCAAGGAACUUGAGAACGCCAUUAUGGAAUGUUCCAUUCUUACCCGCACGGAACCCGCACGAUUGGCAGAAUGGUGUGCCGAAAAGGGUGCUCAUCGCGACAUGUGGAAGGAUUUUAUGGAGAACAAGGAAUUGCAAAAGAAAAUGAUUACCCACGGAGGUGCCGCCUUGGGCAAGUACCACAAAGCCGUGGAAAUCCAUGCGGACAUUACUCAAAACUUUGAUAACGAUGCCCCAAACGAAGUCUUUGACAAGAUUGCCUUGGCAAUUGCCUUGGAACUUGCCCAGCCAAUUGGAAUCUUCAAGCAUGAAGAUGAGCAAACGGUCGAUCCGGUGGAAAGGUUUUGGCAUUAUGCCAAUGGUCAUACCUACAAUCAGUUGGACAAGAAUUUUGCUGAAUUCGAUGUUUGGCAUAUGAGAAAUAUCGUCAACAGCAAUGCGACCGAUAAAGAUGCGACAUGGAUGCGUGAAAUGCUCAAGAUCUGGAGACCAGAUCAAGUUCGAACACCAUGCUCCAAGUGGAAGUACAUUUGGUCCCAAAGAACAGAUACUUCGAACCGCAGAUCCAUGCACGAGUUUGAUGAUAUGCCGUCUCUUGUCAGUGCGGGUGGCGCUUGUGGGCCACAGGCAUUUUACAGUCGUGCGUUGCUCCGAGCAUGGGGACAACCGGCUUGGGGGGUCAGGCAACCUGGACACGCCGCAAUCUCGAGAUGGUAUCCAGAAGGAUGUUGGGGGACCGAGUUGGGUCAUUCGUGGCAGAAUUCCCAUUUUCCCGAACUCCGAUACUGCAAGCAGGGUCAUGAACGGGAGGGAAAUGAUUUCAAUGAAGAUGCGCGUGCUCGUCUCAAUAUUUCUGCAGAGGAAUACUUCUACAGUGUGGCACUUCUAGAAGCACUUGAAGACUCUUUGGAAGGAUGGCUUCAUCCACACAUUCCUGCGGAUCAAUAUUGGCGUUCGUUGGCCAUCAGCCGCAGGUACCGAUUUGCCACUAGUCCUUGGAGGGAGGAACCCUUGGAGUGGAAAAACAAGCCCAAAAAGUGGAAGCGUCCUUUGCUGCCUGAUACUCCAGAGAAAUGGUCUUCCGAUGAAAAGAUGGAAUUCAAGCGAGGUCAGUGGGUGAUUCCACCAUGCACCUGCUCAUUUCCCGAUGUUGCUGCUACUAGUGAAGUCUAUCACGAAUUUAAGGAUACGGAAUUCCCUUACUACCCUGGUCCUGAUUAUCGUGCUGCACAUCUGCACGUCAUGAUGGCUUACACUGGUGGUUGGAUUAUUCAGCUCGGAAAUGGAAUCAGGGUGCACACAGAGUACACCAUGCCUGAUGACUUCCCAGAAGGGUCUUACGAACUAUCUCUCAAGUUUGUCAACGUCCACCGGCUUCAGACACCCUUGUAUUUUGUCAUCACAGACCCAGAAGGCAAUGAAUCCGAGAAGAUGUUGAUGGAUAUUCCAUACACUCGAGGUGAAUACAUGAUUGGUGAACCUCUCACGGUGGAAAUGAAGCCUGGAAGCAAAUUUAAAUUUGGACGAACCGAAGGCUGCAAAUUCAACCUUACCGUCAAGGAAUUCUAUCUCAAGCCAGUGGACGGAUAA